AGAGUUAAGUUUAAGUUACAUUGAAGUGAAUCUAGUAUUAAAGGCAAAGAUGAAGUAUGUAUCCAAUUAUCCCAGCAGCGUGCCAGCAACCACAUCACAGGCUUGCUGUCGUCUCAAUGUCACGAGACGAAGAGAAGGCAGAGCACUUGUAAGUGAGUGUAAAACUGCUUGGACUCAACAUGGCUCGUGGGUUAGAAGGAUUCGAAUAAGAACAGAGUCUCUGAGAAUUUGUGGAGCGGUACGACUGUGACAGAGGAUUUCAGAUGUUUUGCCUGAUGGUGCUCUUCCUGCUUCUCAAAGGUGAUGGAAUCCCUGCUGUUCCACAUGAGACGGCCUCUUACAUUGGGUUGAGACAAGAAGAAGACCAAUCACCUGGCUCAUCCUCCCAGCCUCUUCGCUCUUGGGCUGAGGUGGAGCCUGCCACUGCUGAUCAUCUGUACUUUGAAGAGGAUCUCGUCUUUGAUGCCAGUCCUCAGUUUGAAACCUUUGUUAUUCACAAAUCACAUAGUGGAAGCAAGGAUGUCAUUCUCGAUCUAUCCAAUCCUGAGGCUGGUGAUCUCACUGAAGACCUGAAUGAGGUUGGACAAUUAGACACAUGCUGUGCUCUCAGUUCCGCUUUAACAAGGAAUUCUAAUCUGCCUCAAAUUAACAGGCACUUAAAUCCUAAUUCAAGGAUUUCCACUCCUACCAAUGUUUCUCCUGUCAGUGAGGUGAUAGAGGGGAGUGGUUUUCCUCAUCUAGUGCCCGAUGCAGAUGACAUCAACCUUGUAACGCAAAGAAUAAACAGGAUAGAAUUUGAAGAUACCACUCAAAGGUUCAGCAAUAGUGUUACGCCUCCUUCCAAGAAAAAUAAGCAAGAAUAUCUGGUUACAAUCCAUACAUCAAAUACUCAUCAGGACCAUGGUGAUGUCCCAACAAAAUCCAAUGACACUUUGCAAAGAGGCCUGCCUUCAAUGGAUGAUGCCUUGAGCAAUAGCAGAAAGGUGAAUGAGAACAUCAUCAAUUCAGAGGGGACAUCAAAGCCACCUUUAGAAUCAUCGGAGCAACAAGACCAUUGGCCCAUCCAGUUGACAUCGAUCACUGAAUCAAAUACAAACCAGAGCUCAAAUCACUCCUGGAGUGCUUGUAACCCAGGAUAUAUACAUGAAAAUGACUCCUGCUGGUCUGUUUGUGAAGUGAACCCCAAUUAUUGUUACAACGGAGGUGAAUGUGGAGUCAUAGAAAAUGUUGGUGCGAUUUGCAGAUGCAGUGCAAAAGAACACACCUGGUACAGAGGACCACGGUGCCAGACUGUUGUCACGGAGGUGCAACUAACGUGCAUACUGAUUGGCGCAACCUUGCUGAUUUCUCUCAUAUUCCUUGCUCUGAUAGUUGUCUUUGCUCUAAAGCUGCGGUCUCUCAAAGAUGCUCAGCAGAGAUUUGACUCCAGAAGCAAACUGUGGAUUUCCUCGGGGCCCCAAGGCAACUCCUCUUUCUCUUCUGAAAUAAGCCAGCAGGGAAAUCAUUCCCCUGUGGCUAGAUGUAGCCCUGACACCCAAUGUACGCCUGUCAGUGAGAAUCACCUGACCCAGGCUGAUUACAAUUCUUGCAUUCUUUGGAGAACGGAACGUACGGCCGUUUGAAGCCCAGCAUCACGUGAGGGUGUGACACUUUCUUCAACUAAAUCUCAGAAGAGCAACCGUUGUACAAGUUAAUCCAUGUAAGGGAUGAGGGACAGGACAAUAUUUGCAAACAUAUUUUUGAUAGAUUUAUGGCGCUGGAUUCUCAUGAAGAACCUGAACAUUCAUUACCUCCACCACCAUCACAGCGAGGCUACAGAGUGCACUAUCUGCUAUUCCAUCCAGGUUACACUAACAGCACCUCUUAAUGCAAUAGACCUCUACCAAUAAGCACAGGAUAGCAAUUGCACGGGAACACCAAUACCUGCAGGUCCUCCUCCAAGUUGACAGCAUCCUGACUUGGGAAUAUGUUACCAUUCCUCUGCCAUCAUAGAGUCAUAGAUUCAUACAGUGUGGAAACAGGCCCAACUUGCCCACAAUGGCCAAAUGACCCAUUCACACUAGUCUCACUUGGCCCAUAUCCCUCCAAACCUGUCCUAUCCAUGUACCUAUCUAAAUGUUUCUGAAACAUUGCAAUAGUACCUGCCUCAAAUAUCUCCUCUGGCAGCUUGUCCAUACACCGACGACCUUUUGUGUGAGAAAGUUACCCCUCAGGUUCCUACUAAAUUUUUCCCCCGUCACUUUAACCUAUGUCCUCUGGUUCUUGGUUCUCCUACUCUGUGUGUCUACUCGAUCUAUUCCUCUCAUGAAUUUGUACACCUAUAAAAUCACACCUCAUCCUCCUGCGCUCCAUCCUACCCUGCUCAACAUCUCUCUAUAUUUCAGUUCUGGCAGCAUCCUAGUAAAUCUUCUCUGCAUCCUUUCCAGCUUGAGACUGUCUAAAUCCCAGAAAUCCUUCCCCAGCUUCACCAGAAGGAAUGGUUCUAAGAAGGCAACUCACCACUAGGUUCUCAAGGACGCUUAGGGAUGGGCAAUGUUUUGUUCUUGUCUAUGACUCCUUCAAUCUGCCUAUUCAUUCAAAGUCACAUUGACAGAAGAAUUUAACAGAUGUUUUGUGUAGAUUCAUUAUGCUCUAUGACUUGUUCCGUAUGAUCAUAUCAAUAAGACCCAGUUGGCUCAUCCUUAAAGGCUUCAUCUAUCUGAGAUAUUUGAAUUGUUGGACCAUUGUUCAGUGCAAACUAAAAAAUCUACAAAUACCAGAAUCUUGAAAUUAAAGCCGAAACUGUUGGAAAUUCGUAGUAUGUCAGGCUACGUCUCUAGGAAGACACACAGAGCUCGUUUUGUCUCU